CCCGGCAGCCGGCCCAGCGGUACUUCCCGCGUCCGUCGGUCCGUCCGUCCGUCCGUCCGUUCGUCUGUUCGUCCCGAGCACGCGGCAGCGGCAGAUCAGAGCCGCCCCACCAUGGGCUGGGGAGCCGGCGGGAGCUGCACCCCGCGCCCACCCAUCCACCAGCAGCCGGCGCCAGAGCCCCGCGUGAUCACUGUGGUCUUCCUUGGCCUCCUGCUGGACCUCCUGGCCUUCACUCUGCUGCUGCCCCUGCUGCCCGGGCUGCUGGAGAGCCACAGCCGUGCCCACGACCCCCUCUAUGGCUCGUGGCAGCAAGGGGUGGACUGGUUUGCCGCAGCCAUUGGGAUGCCAGCAGAGAAGAGGUACAACAGCGUCCUGGUCGGAGGUCUGAUUGGCUCGGCCUUCUCCUUCCUGCAGUUCAUCUCGGCACCACUUACGGGAGCAGUCUCUGACUGCCUGGGGAGGCGCCCAGUGAUGCUGCUGUCCCUGGCAGGUCUGGCUGCCUCGUAUGCUGUGUGGGCUGCCUCAAAUAGCUUCGCAGCCUUCCUGGCCUCCAGAGUGAUUGGGGGCAUCAGCAAGGGGAAUGUCAGCCUCUCCACUGCCAUCGUUGCCGACCUGGGUUCACCUGCCGCCCGCAGCCGAGGCAUGGCAGUCAUCGGGGUGGCCUUCUCGCUGGGCUUCACACUGGGCCCCAUGCUUGGCGCCGCCCUGCCCGUGGAGAUGGCACCCUGGCUCGCCCUGCUCUUCGCAGUCUCUGACCUGCUGUUCAUCUUCUGCUUCCUGCCGGAGACGCUGCCCCCGGAGAAGCGGGCGUCCUCCAUUGCCCUGGGAUUCCAAGCUGCUGCUGACCUGCUCAGCCCCCUGGGCCUGCUCCACUUCUCUGCUGUGGCCCGUGGCCAGGACCCGCCCGCUGCAGACAGGCUUGGCAGUCUGCGCCGCUUGGGCCUGGUCUACUUCCUCUACCUCUUCCUGUUCUCUGGCCUGGAGUACACGUUGAGCUUCCUUGUGCACCAGCGCUUCCAGUUCAGCAGCCUGCAGCAGGGGAAGAUGUUUUUCUUCAUCGGCCUCACCAUGGCCACCAUCCAGGGUGCCUACGCCCGGAGAAUCAGCCCUGGCAAGGAAAUUGCAGCUGUGAAGCAGGCCAUUCUGCUGCUCAUGCCUGCCUUCCUCCUCAUCGGCUGGGGGCGCACGCUGCCUGUGCUGGGCCUGGGGCUGCUGCUCUACUCCUUCGCUGCUGCUGUCGUGGUGCCCUGCCUGUCCUCCGUGGUCGCUGGCUAUGGCUCGCCCGGGCAGAAGGGCACAGUCAUGGGCACACUGCGGAGCCUGGGGGCCCUGGCCAGGGCAGUGGGGCCCAUGGUGGCCACCUCAGUGUACUGGCUGGCCGGGGCCCCGGUCUGCUUCACCGUGUGCUCAGGGCUCUUCCUGCUCCCCUUCCUCCUCCUGCGGAACCUGAGGCCUCCAGCACAGACACUCAAGGCCGAGUAGCUGAACUGGCCCCACCCCAAGCUGGGGGAGCUGAGGCAGGAAGUGGGAGGCCUGGGCCAGGACCACUCCCCACUGCCCGCGGGACCCCUGCUUUUCCCCUGGGGCCCAGCCCCAGGGGGCCCAAGGCACUCCUUUCCCCUCCCUGGUGUGGACCUGGGCAGCCCUGUGGAGUACAGUCAGUGACUCCAAAACCUUCCAGGCUUUCUGUCUGCUUGGUUUUUACUCUGCAACACAGGGCAUCACCCAGGCCUCUGAAUGACAAAAUACAGCAGCUAUUUUAUACCAAGUGCCUUUCUCUAGUACACAGCUCUGCCUCAACACCCACCAUCCUGGAGGACCCCCAGGCACCAGACGCAGCAGCUUGAGCUAACAGCUUCUACAGCUCCACUGAUCAGAAGAGUACAGGCUCUUCCCAAGCCUCAGUUUCCCUUCUGCACAAUGGUGAGGGUGGAAAGGCAGAUGGAGGACUCUCCAAGACUGAGGUGUGCCCUGCACCCUGGCAGACUGGGGAGGAGGGACUCCUCUGCUGGACUGUCCCCAUCACCAGUCCUGCCUCUCCUGUCUGCUCAGCUGCAGUGAGGCUGAGACUCUGGGGUCUGCUCAAACUCUGGGGACACAGGAGUGUCAGGACGGCUUUCUGGUGCUCUGUGGGCCCUGCCCAGCAGCUCCCUGCCCACCACCUUCAGUCCCAGCAGAGAAAUAAGGUGGCACUGAGGCAAGCAGUUCUGGGUUAGAAGGUCCUCCUCCCCAGUCCAAAGCAACAAAUGAUGUCUAGUCAAGAAAUAAACACUUCGCGAUCUUUUUUUCAGAAUGUGAGACAAACUUCUGGAAGUCCUAUUUUAAAGGAACAAAGAAAAAUAAUUAAAAUGUAAAACUCCUUCUCAGAUUUAGACAAGGUAACUGCUUAAAGAAUUUUAUUUGUGAGUAAAACUUGUUACGGUGAAGAAAGGACAUAGGACCUGUCCUCCCAAGCCUGUGUCGUAUAUGCCACUAAACUUCAUGUUGUAAUACAAACAGUUAAAAUAAACUACAAAAGUGAAAUUAAAGUCAUUGCAUAUGUGGGAUAACAGGAAGGGAUCAAAGGAAGAGUCCACGGUUAACUGCAGUCCAGGGUGAUGGAGGAGAACUUGAACACCACCAUGGCAACAAAACGAUACACAGAAGAAAAGCAGCUUGCUCACUGGUAAGCUUGAAGCAGCGGUCAGUGGCAUGCAGCCAGCCUCCGGUCCUGCUUGGGUGUCAAGUUUGUGGGACCCGAGCCCAGGUCUGGCACCAGAUCCACCAAGGGCACCCUCCCUCUUCCCCAGGGGGGCCUGUCUGGGGGCAAGCAGGCUUGCCUGCACCUAGUCAGGCGACACCAGGCAGCUCUGGAGAUGGGUCACCCUCAGCGAGUCCAUCUGGCCACCCAUUAGUUCCCACUAAGCAGCGUCACACUCUCUUCCAGGGAUCUGACUUAAGUGAGAAUUCAUGACAGUGUCGAACAAGGACAGCAAGUUACGGCUCCAUAAAGUGACUGGUGGGAGACGUCAGGUCGGGACCACCAGGGCCAACUUCUACCUUGAGCUAUCUUUUAUCAAAAACAGGGUAUCUUUCAGGCUGAGUUAAAGUAAGAGUAGAUUAAAUCCCUUCUCAGUUCCAACACGUCCCCCAAAAUAGGUGAACAGCGCUCUGCUGCAGUCUGCAGCAGGCCCUAGAGAGAAAACUAAAGUAAAAAGUGGCCCCGUUCAUGCUCACAGUCAAAAAUGUGAAUUGCAAACCUGCAAAAGAAAAUUCUAGAAAGGACUCUUCCCCCUCCUGAUACACCAUCCUUAGGAGAAUCUAGAGGCUCCAGUGAGUAAGAAACUGUGAGCCCCUGAAUCUGUUUUUGGCCACGAGGUGAUCAGUUAGACCAUGCAUAGGUUGCGUUGGGUGUACACAGGCCCAUUUGCUGUUGGGGUUUCCGGCUCAGCCCAAACCCACCUCUCAAAGGCCGC